UGUAAUUUUGCAGAAGAAACCUAUUCAACUACAGAGGACAUAGAAGCCAAGGAGCCUACAUCAGAUCUUCCACCAAAUGGCUGGCGAUCAGUUAGAAGCUUUCCCCAGUUUCCAGAUUCUAAGCAUCUUCUUGAUUUCAGGGAAUCUGAGAAAUUCAGCAGACGCUUGUUGCGAAGAAAGAGAUCAAUUUUCUUUCCUACUGGAGUUAAAGUGUGUCCAGAUGAGUCUAUUGAGCAGGCUAUUGCUAACCAUCUGAAAUACUUCAAACUCAGAGUGUGCCAGGAAGCAGUAUGGGAAGUCUUCAAAACAUUCUGGGAUAGGCUCCCAGGACACGAAGAGUACCAAAAUUGGCUACAUAUCUGUGAAGAAGAAACUAUGAGUAUAUUUGAGAUGGGCACCAACUUCAGUCAAUCUGAGGAGCAUCAAAGCCUCAUAAUGAAGAAGCUGUCCUACGCUAAAGAUGCAAUGGGUGGUCCCUGCAGCGAUUGGGUGUGUGGUUUUGGGCUGCCAACGCCUUCUCCGACUGGGGAUGCUACCACAUUGAGAGAUGCAGCUGCCAAUGUUCCACCACCUGAUGUGGUCUCAAUUGAGAGUCCUUCAGAGAGUACCACUGACAAAAUUGAAGACACAGAAAUCAAUAAUGAGAUAAAGAGAGAUGAGAAACUGGUGACCCCAGCUCAUGAACAGAUGGUUGAAUUCAGCAUUCUUCUUCCUGAGGAGAAAUACACCACUGAGCUGAGCGACCCCUUUACUGAAGAAUCCCAGCAACUCUCAUUGCAGUUUAUUACUGAAAUUCAAAAUGCAUAUGAAGGGCUGCCCGGAUACAAGAAUAUCCAUGUAACUGAGUUCAGAUCUUCUCAGGAUGAAAGUGGUGUGGAGGUUCUGUACACUGUGGUUUUUGAUGGGGAAGCCAUCAGCAAUGCCACCUGGGACCUGAUUAACCUCCAGUCCAACAAAGUGGAAGACAACGCCUUUCUAGAGAUGGAAGAUAAUCCCACCGUUGUUUACACAGUCAGUGACUUCAGAAAUUAUAUUGCUGAAAUCCUUCAUAAGAAUGCUUUACUUGAGAAUGCCUCCUUGAACCUGGAUCCUGACUCUCUCCAGCUCAUUAAUGUAAAGGAGGUGUUCUCUUCUGUAACAGAAGACCCGACUCGGAUUACUGCUAGGCCCAUUGAUGAUGAUCGUGUUGUGGUAUCUGAAUGGCCCUCUGCGGAUGAGUCAACUGUAAGCAACAUCUUGCCACUUGAUUUUACCAAGCCAGGUUUCAUCUUUGAUAUCGAGCAGUUCAAUGGCAAUGAAAUCUGGUUAAGACCAGAUGGAUUUCUGAGCAACUUCAGUUCAACACCAAAAGAUACUUUCCUCUCAAAAUCUGAUAUCACCAUUCCCCCAGAUGAUCUGCUCUUUGUGGAUGAAAAGCAGAAAUUGCAUCCUGUCACACCAACAGCAUUAGAGAUUGACUCACUUGUGGACUUAGAAAGCAUUUCUGAUUUGUCUUCAUUAGAAGAUGGGCUUGAGGAUUCUAAAGAGUUGGAAGAGCUCCUUUUGCCUUCAAGUCCUGCCCCUCACAUUGUGCCAAGUGACAUCCCACCCACAAGUGAUUCUGUGACUCCUCUUGCUCCUCUAUCACCAGUGGCCUCAGUAUCAGCCAUAGAGCUUAGCACUAAAGAACCAUUACCAACAAUUUUUGUAGAAAAGGAAACUCUGCAACCCACUGUAUAUAUAGAAGACCACGUAGAUGACUAUGCUUCUGGUUCAGGACAAGAACCACAAACAAGCAUAUGGCCUUGGUAUAGACCUACAUUGGAGACAGAGGGAUCGGGUGUAUAUGACUACAAGGAAAUAGAUUUUAUGUUGCCUUCCUUAAAGGACUACACAUCUAAAGACCUACCAGAUGAAGUCAUAUCUCUGUCAUCUCUUGAAACAGAAGGCCCUACAGUAGAAAGUGUUAUGGCAACAUUGACUGAGACCUAUAGCAUAAUACAAUUGGAAGAUUCCAGUGAGGAUCAUGAGAUCAUUUCUGAAAUAACUGGAAUUCAAGACCAAAUCAUAACAGAACUGUCACCAACAGACUAUCCACCUAUAACCAUUACAAUAACACCACCUGAUAGCUUCUCUCCAUGGAGUGCACUAGAUAAACCAGAAAUAAUUUUAACAGCAAAACCUUCUGGGGAAAGCCCAUUGUUGGAUAAUUUUAUAGUAGAACAGCAGAUCCCUGACACAACAGCUCAAGAGGCCUCUGGAUCAAUUGCUCUGAAGCCUGUUGUUACUCCUUCUGCUGAAACUUCUACCCAUCAGCCUGCAGCUGAAGUCACAAGUUCAAUAGCAUCAACUGAUUUUGAAAUUUCAACCUUGGUACCUUAUUUAAAAGACAUGACAACUGGCCCCAGUGACUUCACUGGAGAGUUUGGUACAAUCCUAAUCACUAAUACUCCUAGCAGUUUUGACAUUGAAGUAAGCUCUUCCUCAACUCUGACUCUUACAGAGUAUUCUGUCCAUGCCCUCUCUGACAAGCCCACCACACAGCCAACUGUAGUUCAAUCCACAGUUAUCCUAGCAGAAUUGGAAAAAGAUUUGAUCGCAAAAGAUCUGGAAGUUACAGAACAGGACCAAGGAAGACAUAUGACUGAAAGUCAUGUGGAGCUUUCUACAAGUGCCCAUUCCACAGAGAUGGCCAGUGUAGCUGGGGCAACUCAUGAAAACCUCAGCAAUGCUACUGUCCCUGCACGCGCAUUAGUGGUAUUCUUUAGUCUUCGAGUUACCAACAUGAUGUUUUCAGAGGACUUGUUUAAUAAAAAUUCCCCUGAAUAUAAAGCCCUGGAACAGAGAUUCUUAGAGCUGCUGGUUCCUUAUCUACAGUCCAAUCUAACAGGCUUCCAGAAUUUGGAAAUUCUGAACUUCAGAAAUGGUAGCAUUGUGGUGAACAGCCGAAUGAAGUUUGCAAGACCUGUGCCUCGCAACGUUACUAAUGCUGUAUACAUGAUUCUCGAAGACUUUUGCAACACUGCCUACCAGACCAUGAACCUGGCUAUCGACAAGUACUCCCUUGAUGUGGAAUCAGGAGAUCAAGCUGAUCCUUGCAAGUUCCAGGCAUGCAAUGAGUUCUCUGAAUGCCUUGUGAACCAGUGGAGUGGAGAGGCGGAAUGUGUCUGUUAUCCUGGCUAUCUAAGCAUUGAAGGAUUGCCUUGUAAUAGCAUUUGUGAUCUACAGCCUGACUUCUGUCAAAAUGAUGGCAAAUGUGAUAUAAUCCCAGGGCAAGGGGCAAUAUGCAGAUGUCGCGUGGGUGAGAACUGGUGGUACAGAGGAGAGCACUGCGAAGAAUAUGUCUCGGAGCCAUUGGUCGUGGGUAUCGCAAUUGCUUCGGUAGCUGGCUUCCUUCUCGUAGCAUCUGCCGUUAUUUUCUUCCUGGCUAGGACUCUUCGUGAUCAGUACACAAAGAGCGAAAUUGAAGACUCGUUAGGGCAAGGAGACAGCCUUUCAUCUAUUGAAAAUGCAGUGAAAUACAACCCAAUGUAUGAAAGUGAUGCUACUGGACACAGCCACUAUUAUCGGAGAUAUCCACAGCUUACUUCCUAUAGCUCAACAAGCAACGAGACAUCCACUGAGUACAGCAGUGAAGAAAUCAGGCAUAUUUAUGAACACAGUGAGCUAACUAAGGAGGAAAUUCAAGACAGAAUUAGGAUCCUGGAACUCUAUGCCAAAGAUCGGCAGUUUGCGGAGUUUGUAAGACAGCAUCAAAUGUGA